CUCAAAAAUGUAUGUGUAGGUUUAUGAGUCACUUUUCAAACCACUUAGAGUAUCAAGGCAUCAAUUUAAAAAAGUGCUAAAUUGUAUGAAAUUAAUACGAUCACUUAAAUAUCAAGAGGUAUACGCCCAAGAGAAGGUUACCAAAGUUGAUAGUUUGUCAUUAGUAUUAUCUGGAAAAUUAGUUGUAUCACAAAAUCAAAGAGCGCUGCAUAUAGUUUUUCCUCAUCAGUUCCUAGAUUCACCCGAAUGGUUUGGUGUCUCUACAGAUGAUUAUUUUCAGGUGUCAAUUAUGGCAAUGGAAGAAUCUCGUGUUUUAAUUUGGCAUCGAGAUAAACUAAAAUUAUCAAUAAUGACUGAACCAUUUUUACAAGCUGUAUUCGAUCAUAUAUUGGGUAGAGAUGUUGUAAAGAAAUUAAUGCAAGUUACACAGGUCAGUGAAACAAUGGCAAGUAAUGGUUUCUUACCAUCUGGUAACUAUGGUGAUGAUUCUGAGGAUAAACCUAUGUUAUGUAUAAAGAAAAAUGAAGGUCAUGGUUUAACAGCACUAAUUAAUCGACAACUACAAGCCCUUCCUAGGAUAUCAAAAUAUUAUUAUGUCGCUGGCGAUCCAAAUGCAUGGCGUCUUGGACGAAUAGAAGAAACUGAUCAUGAAACGGCUGUUUGAAAAUCACUGCAAUUUAUAUCAUCACCAUCACCAUCAUCAUCAACAUCUUUAUUAAUACCAUCAUCAUCAUUAUCUACAAUAUCGCCAUCACCAUCGUCUUCAACAACAACAACAUCAACAACAUCUUUAUCAACAUUAGAAGAGUCAAAUGUAACAAUUUUAACAACAACAGCUGCAACAACAAAAUCAACUUCAAAACAUUUUACUCACAUUAUUAAAACGACUUAUAAUCAUAGAAAUUAUGUAUAUUAUGUAUAAAAUAAUAAAAAAAAUUAAUUAAAAAAAAAACAAAAAUCAUAAGCUUAAAAACAAUAAAUUAUAUUAAAAAAAAAAAUAGAAAAAAAAUUUGUAAUUAAAAUGUGAAUACAAAAAUUAAAAUAUAAAAGAUAUUGAAACAAAAUUAUUAAUCUUCAGAUUAUAAAAUUUAAAUUGUUCGGAGUAUUGUUCGGAAUUGAAAGGUAGUCAAAAUUACAAUGUUCUAACGGAGACUUUUAUUGAAAAAAUUAUUGAAAUUUUAUUCGAAAAUUUAAGUUUGUAUAAUUUUUUUCGAUUGUCAAAUUUACAACCUUUUUUAAAUAAACCAUUCUUAAUAAAAUUUUAAGAAAUAAAAUGAAAAUUUUAAUCUAUUAAAAUAUAUUUAUGCUCGUUGAUUUGCCAAAUUUUAGGAAUCUCACAAUAUACAUCCUGUAUCUAUUGCAAAAGCUUUUAUAGCCGAAUCUAUCAUUUGAAAAGAAGAAUACGUCUUUAAGCUAAGUUAAUCACACUGAAACACCUAAUGGAAUCGCAGGUAAAAAUUAAAUUAACAAAAACUACCAUGACUUUAUCAGAACUGAAAUAGAACAAAAACACAUUUCUCAUUCACAUUAUCACAAGAAAAAUACUUUAAGCUGAGGUAAACAAACUGAAGCAGCUAAGUGGACCGCCAUUAGAAAUAAAAUUAACAAGAAAUACCAUGACUUUGUCACAAUUGAAAUAGAACAAAAACACGAACCGGAAGUCUUAUUUAAAAUAACUAAUUUUAUUUUUUAUAUUUGAAACUUCACUCAACUUUAAUUUCAACUCAGCUUUACCAACUAUAAAAAACUUCCUUGUGUGUACAUUCAUUCAAAAAUAUUACAGGUUAUUAAACUUUGUUUUGUUCCAUUUGAAAACUGUAAUGUUGACUACUUUUUUGUUAAACGAAACAACACUGUAUUUGAUUCGAAAAAAUAAUAAAUUAAAAAAAUUAAAAAUUAACAUAAGAUUGAAAUCAG